AUGUUCACAUACUGGAAGGCACUAACUGCCCACUCCCUGCAAACAGCACGAUCAGCAGUGGCCCAGAUAGCUGCCGCCAGAGCUCGAAUCAAAGAAAGAGAAGAGGAGCGGUCAUCGGCAAGCAACAGCAGAGUACCGGAGUCACGAGCCCGUACCAGAACUGGAGGUGGAGGAGGCUUUGGUAGUGGUGGUGGACUUGGUGGUAUUGGAGUUCAUACAGGUCUGGGUGUGGGUGCUCCCGGAAUCGGAGGUCUAGGCGGUGGCGGUGGAAUCUUUGGUAUUUCUUCCUGGUAUAGGAGUCGGAGUUCCCGGAGUCGGACCUAUUGGUGUUUCAAGCGGAUUGGGAAUAGGACGAUAAAAUCUCAUUUGGUGACUUGA